AUGAGCAAACAGCCUCCAAUUCGGCCAGAACAAGGAUCCUUCGUUCAAUUCCAGCUCGCAACGAGCCAACCCAGGACACCCCACAGCCGAAAUGAAGACAUUCUGGCAAAGCUUCGCGAAUCAAUUCCCCAGAAUGAGAGUCAGUGGCAACAAGCCCGUGACCUUUACGGCUACAGUACAGCAGAGAAUGUACUGCAGAAGACAAGAGAUAUAUUGGAAAACAGAAUCGCCAAGUCAGAUCUCUGGAAUUUCUUCAUAAUCGCAUUGUGCUGCGUUGAUUGGCAUCUGGGGAGAAAGCAACAAGCUUACCAAGAGUUCAAGAUACAGAUCAGUGACACAAGUGAAUUGACGAUACAGAGGUACAUGUCUGCUUUGCGUGCCAUGAUCCAAGCCAUGGAACGAGUGUAUCUUCGAGGAACACGCCAUCGCGUCUUUGAAGGGGUUCUUUUGUAUUCACGCAUCUCGCCAUUCUUUCUGACGCAUUAUACCAAGGAGACAGGAGAGUUCGACUCAUGUUUCCCGACGCUUCGUUGCAUACAUCCUGAGAUACAGGGGUCCUUGCCCCUCGCACCCGCAUUUAUUCUCAAGUAUCGUUAUCCCCAGCACCGCUUUAGGGACAUUUGCGCAGCUCUGGGUACGGGAGUCCUCGGCGAGGGUGAUUACGCGAAAUUUAUCUCUAUUCUUGAGAGUGGAAGGCCAAUAUCAACAGUACUGUCACUGCCAGCGAGAGGGUCUUAUACUGCUCUUUCCGUUAUCAAAUGUCAGCACGAGUCAGCUGAAGCUGGUCAAAGAGUUUCUGCAAGCCCCGUCGAUAAUUCACACGCAUUCGCGCUCCGUAUGAGCGUCCCCUUAGUCUUUAAGGUAUUCGGUGUCUCAGACGCCGUUCAGCAAUUGUUGCAAGAAGCAACUCUCCGAAUUAACUACGAAAGUCUACGAGAAGUGCCAAAUACCCCAUUGGUCGAGUUGCAGUGGAUUCACAACUAUGAUAUGAUAAUUGAUCAGGUAGUUGGUGACUUGAUUGAACAAGGCAUUCUGCCACAACAGCCUUUUCGAAGGUACAAGUCGUUCUAUCAACAUGAGCCCGGAUCUGUUCUUGUUCCACCUGGUUGGAUCAAGAUAAUUAUACCCUUUACCUUGGUAGAUCAGGUUUGUCAGGUUUCGAUAGCGGCGACAACUGUUGCGAAGCAAAACGUUACUUGGGACACUAAGACGGGGAUAAUCCUUGGCAGUGAUAUGUUAUUCUCAACAACUCGCCAAAUAUUGUAUUACUCUAUAUCUAUUCCUCUGAGCUUUGAGGGUGGUUAA